AUGAGUGUGAGAGAGGCUAUGGAGCGGUCUCUUAAUGGUAGCAAGAUCAUCCUGAGGUUCAACGAGGAACUGCAGGUAGUCGGAGAUGGAGCUGGCCUGUUGAGUGGCAUUCUAGGAGCGCUGGGUUCUGAUUACAGCAAAUUUCCUAUAUGUGAAAAGAGUUGGGCAAAGGUGCGGGGCAAAGACAGGGUUUAUGACGAUUGUAUAAAGGAUAGAAGUGGUUUAAUCAAGAAAUCAUUUUUGAAACAAAUGGGGAAGUCUUGGAAGAACACAAGGGGGAGGCUGUUUGACUCGCAUUACAAACCAACAAGGACACUUGAGCAGAAUCUUGAGCAGCGCCCGAAGGGAAUUCCUAGAGAGCAUUGGAAGUGGUUCAUUGAGUAUCGUAAUGAUCCUGCAACAAAGGCGAAGUGCAAACAAAACGCGCUGAAUCGAAAGAAGCAACUUUACACGCACACUGGCGGAUCUAAAAGCUUGGCAAGGGCUAGGGAAGAAAAGGAAAAAAUUUAUGAGAUUGAGCAAUUGGAUGAAUCUACAAGAAUAUUGUCAGAGAAUGAUUCCCUUGCCCAAGCUCUGGGCAAAGAGCAUCCGGGUAGAGUGCGUGGGAUGGGACACGGGCCGACACCAAGUCAACUAUUCCGUCCGAGUUUGCAGCCGUUGGUGGAUAGAGCUCAAGUAGAAGAGACCCAAAGGAUGCUGUGUGAACUACAAGCGGAGGUGACGACCGAAAAAUUGAAGAGGAAAGCAAUGGAGGAUGAAUUAGCAGCAGAGAAGAAUAAGAGGCAGGAAAUAGAGAGUGUGCUGAGUUAUCUGGUCAAACAGCAAUGUGGGGAGCCGCCUCCAGACAUCGCUGCACGGAUAAAUUCUUUGGACAGACAUGGAGGGACAUAG